CAAAGGAAAAGUCUUUAGCUGGUGGGGGGAGGAAGAGGAGAGGGGUUGGGCGAGAGCUGGGAGUUGUCCGCAAAGGUGCCUUUGUUUGCUGUCCAUUGAUUGUCUAUUUGUCUAUUUGAAUAUCGAAGUCUAAAUAAGCCGUCCCCGAGCGGCCUUCUUCAUUCUUCAGUUUUUGUUGGAGAACGAGAGAAUAAUGCCGGAGCCUGCGAAGUCCGCGCCGAAGAAGGGCUCCAAGAAAGCCGUGACCAAGACGGCUGGUAAGGGAGGCAAGAAGCGCAGAAAGUCUAGGAAGGAGAGUUAUGCCAUUUACGUGUACAAAGUGCUGAAGCAGGUCCACCCCGACACCGGUAUCUCCUCCAAGGCGAUGGGUAUCAUGAACUCGUUUGUCAACGACAUUUUCGAGCGCAUCGCCGGCGAGUCAUCUCGUUUGGCUCAUUACAACAAACGCUCCACCAUUACAUCCAGGGAGAUCCAGACCGCCGUGCGUCUGCUUCUUCCCGGUGAGCUGGCCAAGCACGCCGUGUCCGAGGGCACCAAGGCCGUCACCAAGUACACCAGCUCCAAGUAAGAAGUG